AUACAAAAAAUAUCGGAACUGUAAUUGUCGUGUAUCGAAACUACGACUUUCAUUAUUAUUACUCUUCCAUGGCGAUUAUUAGUAUAAAUGCUAUCAAGAUUGUUCAAUAGCUUAGAAUUUACAAGCAAAACUUAUAUUAAACAUCUUAUUUUCCGAAGAAAUCCCAUAGUUCUAGUAUUGCACAAUAAAAUGAGCGAUAAUACAAGUUCUUCACAAAUCAAUUUAAAUUUCGACAAUAGGUGUCUUCGCGAACUACCAAUUGAUAAAGAAGAGCAUAAUUUCACCAGACAAGUUUCCGGUGCGUGUUUUUCCAGAGUUGACCCAACUCCGGUUGACAAUCCGACUAUAGUUGCAUAUUCCAAAUCUGCUUUGGAACUGAUUGGUUUAGAUGAGGAACAUGUACAGUCUAAAAUAGUUUUAGAUACUCUCUCAGGCUGCAAAAAAUUCAAUGGAUCAGAAACAUAUGCCCAUUGUUACUGUGGCCAUCAAUUUGGCAAUUUUGCAGGACAAUUAGGAGAUGGGGCUGCAAUUUACCUUGGGGAAGUUGUUCAUAAGGACAAAAGAUACGAAAUGCAAUUAAAAGGAGCGGGUAAAACCCCAUAUUCACGAGAAGCCGAUGGUAGAAAAGUAUUAAGAUCAAGUAUCAGGGAAUUUCUUGCAAGCGAGGCGAUGCAUUACUUGGGAAUUCCAACAACAAGAGCGGGAACAAUAAUCACGAGCGAUACCAAAGUUGUACGAGAUAUUUUCUAUGAUGGAAAUGCCAAAUUGGAAAAAGCAAGUAUUGUUCUACGAAUUAGUCCAUCAUUUAUAAGAUUUGGUUCUUUUGAAAUUUGCAAACAAACUGAUAGCAUGACUGGUAGAAAAGGGCCAAGCUUUAAUAAACCUCAGACACUCGUAACACUUUUGGAUUACUGCGUCAAACAUUAUUACCCAGAGAUUUGGGAAGUUCACUCCAAUAAUAAAGAAAAAAUGUGUAGAGAAUUUCUUAUGGAGAUUUCGAAGCGCACAGCAGAGUUGGUUGCAUCCUGGCAGUGUAUCGGCUUCUGUCAUGGAGUAUUAAAUACGGAUAAUAUGAGUAUAUUAGGAUUGACAAUAGAUUAUGGACCUUACGGAUUUCUAGACAGAUAUGAUCCUCACUUUAUUUGCAAUGCUUCUGAUAGCGGAGGUAGAUAUACUUAUGAAAGACAGCCAGAAAUUUGUAAAUGGAACGUAGGGAAAUUGUGCGAAGCUUUGACAGAUUUCAUCCCAUCUAGCGAUAUACAAGAUAUAAUGGAGUGCUUUGACGUAAACUAUAAUAAAUCCUACUUGAGCAGAUCGAGAGAAAAGUUGGGUAUAUUACAUGCAACUGAAGCGCAAGAUAAGCAAGACAUGGAGCUGAUUAAGGAAUUCUAUAACGUAAUGGAAGCCAAUGGCUCGGAUUUUACAAAUACUUGGAGGUGUUUAUCAAAUUUAAACUUUCCAACAUCUGAAAACUUUAAAGAAAGUCAUGAAAUAACAUUAACGAGUCUAAAGGAAGCAUCUUCUACCUUAGAAGAGCUUAAGUUAGCCUUUGCUCCAAAAAUGGAAACCAGAGAGCUACAAAUGUUUGUACAAAUGGCUCAAAUGAAUCCAGAAUUAUUAAAUAGAAUAGGAGUCGGUGCUAAUAUAGUCUUAAGAGAACUUCAGAACAGAGAAAAGAUGGCGGAAAUCAAAGAUUUUUCGGAUGAAGAAGCCUUAAAAGUAUAUCAACAAAAUAAAUGGAACGAUUGGUUAAAUCAAUAUGUUAAAAGACUGGAAGCUGAUAUUGAAGGAGUUAAUACAGAUAUUAAAACUUUAAAUACAGAAAGAAGAAAUAUCAUGAAUAAAGCUAAUCCCAAACUUAUUCUGAGGAAUUAUAUUGCUCAAAGUGUUAUUGAAAAGGCGGAAAGGGGCGAUUUUAUUCCAGCCAAUAACAUUCUAAAAUUAUUGGAGACGCCAUUCGAAGAUCAUUUGUUAGAAUCGAAUAUUGACCGUUUAACUUUAACAGAUAAUAAAGAAGAAAGCGUCAAUAGAAGUUCAGUUGACCCACCUGAUUAUUCUGUAAAAGAUGAAGUAGCUAAACUUGGCAAUAAACCGCCAACUUGGGCUACUGCAAUUAAAGUCACAUGA